CUCGCUCGUCAGGUGCGGUGCAGGAGCGGUGACAGGGUCGUCAGGCUCGUGGGUCGCGACUCCCUGUCCUCGAACGGACACGCCUCUCGGACUCCCGCGCCGCCAUGGACGGGGGAGGAGGGCAGCAGGGGCCGCCGGAGCGGCAGCCCGGCAAGAACCUCAUCAAGAUCCCGUCCUACCAGGAGGUCUUCGGCACUGGCGCAUCCUCCUCCUCCUCGACGCCGCCCUCCUACAACCCUCCUCUAAGCAGCACCGGCGCCCCCGCUGCUCCAUCCUCCUCUUCAUCGUCGGGGUCGUUCUCGCAGGCGUUCUCCUUCCUCAAGUCCUCCGAGUUCUACUCGCCUCCCCCGCCGCCUCCCCAGCCCACCUCCACCCCGAGGCCGCCUCAGGCUAGCUCAUCCGCGCCGGUAGCCCAGACCCAGAGCAAGAGCACAAUUCUCGUCAGUCAUAGGCAGAGAGGGAACCCUCUGCUGAAGCACAUCAGGAAUGCUAGGUGGGCGUUUGCCGAUGUCGUGCCGGACUAUGUGCUCGGUCAAUCGUCAUGUGCGUUGUACUUGAGUAUCAGGUACCAUCUUCUACAUCUAGAUUACUUGUAUUAUCGGAUAAGAGAACUGCAAAAUAAUUUCAGGCUGCGUGUCAUCUUGUGCCAUAUUGAUGUUGAAGAUGUAGUCAAGCCUCUGCAUGAAAUUACAAGAACAGCAUUGCUUCAUGACUGCACCCUCCUGUGCGGUUGGAGCCUGGAGGAAUGUGGUCGGUACUUGGAGACUAUCAAAGUGUACGAAAACAAGCCAGCUGACAAUAUCCGUGAGCACAUGGAUAAUGACUAUCUAUCACGGUUGACACAUGCACUUACAUCCAUUCGGCAUGUUAAUAAAACAGAUGUUGUCACACUUGGUUCAUCUUUUGGGUCACUCUCACAAGUUAUGAAUGCUUCUAUGGAAGAGCUGGCUCGUUGCCCAGGAAUUGGUGAGCGGAAGGUAAAACGACUUUACGAUACUUUCCAUGAGCCGUUCAAACGGGUUUCCACCCGCCCAAACCUUGUAGUCCCUGAUACUCCUGACAGAGAGAAAGCAUCAGGUCAACCUUCAUCGACGAAUGAUAGAUCAGAAAACACAGCAGAGAAACCAGAGGCAUCCAAGAAGAAAGGUCCCGAUGUGAGGUCGGCCCUUACCGCUGCCUUUGCCAAGUAUUCGGAGAAGAUGCGCAGCCAGAGCCGUGACACCGCCAACAAGGCUGGUGAAGGUGGUAGCAGCUCAAACAUGGAAGAUGACCAGACCAAAUACUAGAUCAGCUGUUGUAGGAUGCUAACAGUAGUGUACCAUUGCCAGUCUGCUCUCCCUGUCAGGCAGUGAUUGUUGUUGUAAUUGCAAAAUUUUCUGCUGUAUGUUUUCCCUGUGUUAACCGUCAGAAAACAUCUGUGCUCUUUCACUCGGUAACCAAA